UCCGAGUUCACACUGUACCAACCCCAUUCAUGUAUUUAUUUAAUGAAGAUGACCUUUUAACCAUACUUCACUGAUCCACUCAACUCCUCUCCCACUGGUUCUCAUCGUCAAAUGCUGUCCUUGUCCAGGAAACUCGUGUUUACAUUGAUUUUGGAUUUAGGAUAGUGCUAUGGGGCUGGUUUGCUUCCAUGGCUUCUUCUUGUGCUUUGUGUUUGUUCGUUAUGUUGGUGUUACUGCUGCUCUGAGUCCUGAUGGAAUGACUCUAUUGUCACUCAAGAGGCACUGGGUUUCUCUGCCUUCUUCCAUAGCUUCAGGCUGGAACGUCUCUGAUGGGACCCAUUGUUCAUGGGUAGGAGUACAAUGUGAUGACAGUGCCCAAUAUGUGGUAAAUUUGACUCUGUCUUCUUUUGGGAUUACUGGACAAUUAGGUCCUGAAAUUGGGUACCUCAAACACUUGCAAAUUCUUGAUUUGGGCAACAACAGUUUGUUUGGCCAGAUACCCCCACAGUUAGGCAACUGUAGUCUGCUAUGGUACCUGGAUUUGUCUCGAAAUGUAUUUACAGGAGAAAUUUCCGAAAGAUUGAGCCACUUGCAGAAGCUGCAGGUCUUGAGUCUUUUCUCCAACUCUCUAUAUGGUGAAAUACCUGAAACUUUGUUUGAAAUUGUGCGUUUGGAAACGGUGUAUCUAUCCAGCAACAGUUUGAACGGCUCCAUUCCAUGGACUGUGGGGAAGAUGAGUAAGGUUUCUGAGUUGUGGUUAGAUGGCAAUCAACUGUCUGGUCCAAUUCCUGAGUCCAUUGGAAAUUGCAGCAAGUUGCAGGAACUUUAUCUGAGUUACAACAAGUUGGAUGGAGUUUUGCCCCAGAGUUUGUACAAUCUUGAAGACCUGACUUAUUUAGAUGUCAGCAACAAUAUGCUUGAGGGUGGAAUUGCUUUUGGGUUACACAACUGCAACAAUCUGGACACUUUGGUGUUGUCUUACAAUAGUUUUAGCGGGGCUCUUCCGCUGAGUUUGGGCAAUUGUUCUAGCUUGACAACCUUGGCAGUAGUGCAUUGCAACUUAACAGGCAGUAUACCAUCUUCCCUUGGCCGAUUGGAUAAGCUUUCGACUCUCUAUCUUACAGAAAAUCGUUUAUCUGGGAGAAUUCCACCAGAACUAGGGAAAUGCAAGUCACUCAAAGAAUUAUUUCUGUACACAAACGAACUUGAGGGAGAAAUUCCAAGUGAACUGGGAAUGCUGACUGAACUAGAGGAUCUUGAGUUGUUCAGGAACCGUUUGACCGGUGAGAUUCCAAUUGGCAUUUGGAAGAUUCCGAGGCUUCAGCAUCUUCUGGUGUAUAAUAACAGUCUUACCGGAGAACUUCCAUUGGAGAUGACUGAACUUAAGCAACUGAAAAAUCUUUCAGUGUUUAACAAUCUGUUCUAUGGAGUCAUACCUCAAAAUUUGGGAAUCAAUAGCAGCUUACUGCAGCUGGACUUCACUAAUAAUAUGUUUACGGGUGAAAUCCCUCCCAGCAUUUGCUUUGGAAAGCAGUUGAGGGUUCUGAAUAUGGGUCGUAAUCAACUUCAUGGUAGCAUACCUUCUGAUUUAGGAAACUGCACAACCCUCUGGAGAUUGAUACUCCAACAGAAUAACCUGUCAGGGGCUCUUCCGGAGUUCACGGAGAAUCCAAUUCUUUCACACGUGGACAUCAGCCACAAUGACAUCACCGGUGCAAUUCCGUCGAGCUUGGGGAACUGUGGCAAUCUCACAUACAUAAAUUUGUCCAAGAACAAGCUUACUGGACUAAUACCCCAAGAGCUUGGAAAUCUUGCAUAUCUUGAGACACUGGUUCUUUCCCACAACCAUUUGGAAGGUUCUCUGCCACAGCAGCUGUCAAAUUGCAAUAAAUUAGGCCUGUUUGAUGUGGGAUUUAAUCAGUUGAAUGGUUCAAUCCCAUCAAGUUUGCAGAGCUGGACUGAUUUAUCCAUUCUCAUUUUAAGCGAAAAUCGUUUUACUGGUGGCAUUCCAUCCUUUUUGUCAUACUUUGGAAAACUCUCAGAGCUGCAGAUAGGUGGAAAUAUGUUUGGUGGUGAGAUACCCUCCUCGGUUGGUGCUUUACAAGAUCUGAUUUAUGGAUUGAAUCUGAGCAGUAACGGGCUGAAAGGUCGGCUUCCGUCAGAACUAGCAAAGUUGACCAAACUAGAACAUUUUGAUAUAUCUUGGAACAAUCUGGAUGGAACCUUAGCAGUUCUUGAUGAAAUGCAGUCAUUAGUUGAGGUCAAUAUUUCUCACAAUCUCUUCAAUGGUCCAAUUCCGAAAGCAGUGAUGAAUAUGUUGAACUUAUCUGCAUCAUCAUUGUUGGGAAAUCCCGGACUCUGUGUCAAUUGCCUUCCAUCAGAAGGCGAAAAUUGCAGCAAGUACAACAAUUUCGAGCCUUGUGGCAGCGGAUCAAGCAGAGGAAAAACACUUAGUAUGCUGAAGGUUGUACUGAUAUCCUUAGGUUCAUCAGCAUUUGUUGUUUCUGUGGUUAUUGUAGUUUCUGCAAUUUUUUUAUGGAGAAGACCAAAGAGACCCGACGAAGCCUCUGCAGAAGAGGGCUCUUCAUCCCUACUCAACAAAGUGAUGGAGGCUACAGACAAUCUUAGCGAGAAACACAUUAUCGGGAGAGGUGCCCAUGGAGCUGUGUACAAGGUGUCAUUGGCUCAAGACGACGUUUUUGCUGUAAAGAAGAUUUUGCUUGCAGGCCAUAAAGGGGGGAGACGGAGUAUGGUUAGAGAAAUUCAAACCAUUGGAAAGAUCAAGCACCGGAAUCUUAUCAGGUUGCAAGAUUUUUGGUUAAGGAAGGACUACGGCUUGAUCUUGUACGGCUACAUGCAAAAUGGGAGCCUCCAUGAUGUGUUAUUUGGGAAGAAUCCUUUGGUAACUCUAGAAUGGAGAGCGCGCUAUAAGAUAGCUGUUGGAACCGCCCAUGGAUUGGCAUAUCUCCAUUACGACUGUGUUCCUCCUAUAGUACACCGAGACAUCAAACCGGAAAACAUACUGUUGGACUCUGAAAUGGAGCCUCAUAUCUCUGAUUUUGGUAUAGCUACACUCCUGGAUCAGUUUUCUUCUUCAACAGAGUCCAUCUCAGUUGUAGGUACAACAGGAUAUAUUGCACCAGAAAAGGCGUUCAUUGCGACGAACAGCAAGGAGUCUGAUGUGUAUAGUUAUGGAGUUGUAUUACUUCAACUGAUAACCAGAAGAAAGGCAUUGGAUCCAUCAUUCAUGGAUGAAACAGAUAUUGUGGGAUGGGUUAGAUCGCUCUGGAGCAACACUGAGGAAGUGGGUGGGAUUGUUGAUUCGAGUUUAAAGGAGGAACUUUUUGAUUCAAGUAUCAGGAAACAAGUCAUUGACGUGCUUUUGGUGGCUUUGAGGUGCACAGAAAUGGAACCAAGCAAGAGACCUACCAUGAGAGAUGUAGUGAAGGAAUUAUCCAACGCAAAUGUCUCUGUGAGAUGCAAAGACAGCUAGGUUUUCUUAACUUGAUAUCGAUAUAGCUAGGCUAAUGUCAAUAAUAAUAAAGUUGAUCUUUUCUUUCCCUUUCUUUCCCCAGUGAGAAGCAAAAAUAUCUCCUUAAUAUCUUGCCCUUGUAAUCUUGAAAAUUAUGCCUCGUGAUCAGAAAGUCAACUCAUAAUUUUCUCUCGA